AAUCAUUAGUCUGUUGUAACAAAAGUUGAUAUCCAUCAUCCAUUAUUAUGUAUCGUGUAUUUUUUAUUGAGAAAAGUAACAAAAUGAAGGACUGCCCAUCGAACUGCGUGCUCAUACGCGAAGAAUUCAUUUCCCGUAACUUGUGAUAUUGUAGCCCGCGUUCUCUAGUGCUCCUCUUAUUUCCAUAAUGUGCUUAGAAAUUUCACUGAAAUUGAAUGUUCCUUCCUCCACUACUUACUCAUUCGUAAUGCUAGACUGAAGUCUCGAUCAAAUUAGUUUACCUUGUCAUUGAAGUAUGCUAGUUCAGUGGAAGACUAGUUUUUUAUCACAAAUUAUCGUCCAGCUUCCGCGUAGCCGCUCUGUACACCUUCUCAAAAUUUUUUAUACUUAAGUCCAAAUCAAGGCCCCCCCUGAUGUCAUCUUUGUUUGCCUGUUACUCAGAUCCUUGUGUUAACUUAAUCAUCACCUCAACUUGUGCUCAAUGUGUCGUUUAAUAUUAAAUUUACUCGGAUCCUAGCAUACUCAAAUUUACAUCUGCUCCACAAAUAAUUCACAAUAUUCUAUGUUUCCGUGAGUCCCAUAAUGAGGACAUUUUUGCCUGUUCUGACUACCCGUCUGUUUUGCAAGAAAAGUGUCUGCUGACAGCACUUCCAUAUUUUACUUUAUGUUAGUCUACCAUGGCUACAGUAGAUCUAUCAUUAUGGCUGUUGUUACUUAUAUAUAUCUGCGUCCAAGUUAGUCACUCCCUUGAGUACACAUCCCAGUGGGCUGCGUCAAUCGAAGGAGGUCCUGAAAAAGCUGCUGAGAUCGCAAUGAAACAUGAUUUUGUAAUUCUGGGCCAGAUAUUCGACGAUGUUUAUCAUUUAAAACACUCAAGAAUAGCCAAAAGAUCAACUAGACCUAGUCAUGAGCAUCAUAAAAAAUUAACUUCUGAAGCUGGGGUAACGUGGGCGCAGCAACAAAUAGCAAAACAUAGGAUGAAGCGAGAUUAUCUCAAAACUAGAUCAAUUUCUGGAAUUUCAGUAGGAAGAAAAAGUAGAAAUUAUUAUUUAAAUGAUCCAAAAUGGCCUCAAAUGUGGUAUCUGAAUCGAGGCAAUGGUCUUGACAUGAACGUAAUGAAAGCAUGGCAAGAGGGAAUCACCGGCAAAGGUGUUGUUGUUACCAUUUUAGAUGAUGGUCUUGAAAAGGAUCAUCCUGAUUUAAUACAAAACUACGAUCCUCAAGCUAGUUAUGAUGUGAAUAGUCAUGAUGAUGACCCAGCACCAAGGUAUGAUCAAGUCGACUCGAAUAGACAUGGAACCAGAUGUGCAGGUGAAGUUGCUGCCACUGCAAAUAAUUCCCUUUGCUCAGUUGGUAUCGCAUUUGGAGCAAGCGUUGGAGGUGUCCGAAUGUUAGACGGAGAUGUAACAGACGCAGUCGAGGCUAGGUCCUUAAGUUUGAAUCCUCAACAUAUUGACAUUUAUAGUGCCUCGUGGGGUCCUGAUGAUGAUGGUAAGACGGUUGAUGGACCUGGUGAUCUUGCAACUCGAGCAUUCAUGCAGGGUGUUACCAAGGGGCGAAAAGGGAAAGGUUCAAUCUUCAUUUGGGCCUCUGGGAAUGGUGGGCGAGACCAUGAUAACUGUAAUUGUGAUGGUUACACCAACUCAAUUUGGACGUUAUCCAUCGGUAGCGCAACUGAAAACGGUUUAGUUCCUUGGUACUCAGAGGCCUGUAGCUCAACUCUAGCAACCACUUAUAGUAGUGGAGCAUCUCAUGAAAGUCAGAUCGUUACAACUGAUCUUCGUGGUACAUGCACAAGUAAUCACACAGGAACAAGUGCCUCGGCACCCUUAGCAGCCGGUAUUUGCGCCCUAGCUCUUGAAGCCAACAUGAAACUCACAUGGAGGGAUAUGCAGCAUAUUGUGGUGCAGACAGCACGGCCUGCCAACCUCAAAACUGCAGACUGGGCUGUGAAUGGAGUCGGAAGAAAUGUGAGUCAUUCCUUUGGAUAUGGUCUCAUGGAUGCAGGAGCCAUGGUCGAAUUGGCCCGCAAGUGGCAAACAGUACCUGAACAGCACCGCUGUGAUGUCUCCAUGCCUCUUACUGUUAGGACAAUUCCUGCCAAAAGUUAUAUUGCAUUACAGCAUACUGUGAAAAAGUGUCCUGGUGUCAACUAUUUGGAACAUGUUCAAGCGAAGAUCACAUUAAAUGCUCAAAGACGAGGUGAUUUAAGGAUAUCUUUGACAUCUCCUCAUGGCACAACCUCUGUUUUACUUGCUCAAAGGCCGCAUGAUAGUUCUCGUUUAGGUUUCCACCAGUGGCCUUUCAUGACAGUUCACAUGUGGGGUGAAAGCCCCAUUGGGACAUGGAAACUCGAAAUUCAUAAUGAGGGGCGAAUUUUUGGUCGGGCAACUCUCCAUGAAUGGUCUCUAUUAUUGUAUGGCACAGAAGAGUACCCGCUAUCAUCCAAACUUAACCAUCUUUUACAACCUCCUCACUCCCUUAAUAUCCCUCUCCUCCCUCGCAAAAACAAGUCCCGCAAUCACAAAGGAAAACAGACUGUAAGUUUGAAGCCUAAUCCCAAAUUAUUUAAUGCUAAAAAAACUGGAAAGUUCUCCUCGACAAAAUCUGUCUCUAAAUCAAACACCACUUCCCCCUCAUUGGUUGCAUCCAAAGUCACAUCACCGUUUUCCUCCGUUCCUAAAUUUUCCCAUGAGGCCACUACGCAGUCUUUAUUCGACUUUCCUUAUCUUUUGGCUCCGCCUCAACAGCCAUCUGUUUCCUCCCUUCAGCAACCACAACUUCCUGCUAUUUUUCAGCAGUACCAUAAAGUCCAGGCUCUAAUUCCUUACACUAGGUAUCCUCGUCCCUCUAAAAAAGGACUUGAAAAUCUACACGCAGACCAUGACAAUCCGGCUUGGAGGAAAUCCUCAGGAAGUGAAAUAUUGGAGUGGAACAUGAUAUUUUAUGGAACCGAGACAUCCCCAGGUGGCACGGAGGUUUCCUUAAGUGACCCCCUGAAGCCAAUAAUACUCCCUGAUGUAGCAGAUGGGAGUGAUCCUGACAGUCCAGAGCCAAAUAACAUUGGUUUCAAACCAGGCAACCGAUUUCGAGAACUCGCUCAACGGAACAAUAAUCAAGCCAUACCCAGCAGCCAAAGUUCUGCCAGUGCGCCCAAAUCUGGAUGCGUAGUAACGACAGCAACUUGCUUAGAAUGUGGGCCCGGCUACUACCUAUACGAUGGCAAAUGUUCUGUCCAGUGCCCGGUUGGGACUUACCCAAUAACAUCAGACAGCUGUCAAAAAUGCCACUAUUCCUGCCGCAAGUGCUCCGGAUCUAAUGAUUACGAAUGCACAUCAUGUUACGCAGACGCUACCUUGACAAACAUCGAUGAAGGUGCAUCAUACUGUUAUCCGAAGAGCCUCAUUCCGUCCAUAGAUGCAACCAAGUGGUAUUUCCGUGCGUGCAUAGCUCUUGCAAUCAACUGUUUUCUCAUAUCUAUGAUGAGUUGUUAUUUUUUACACAGAAGUUAUUCUUUUCGAAGAUUCAACUCAUUGUUUCCUAGUCGAAGGAAAACAAAAAUUCCGGUGCACUACAAAGCCGCUACACAUGAAGAAAGUGACUCUAGCUAAGGGGUGAUCUAAACUGGAGUAUAUUUGCUGAAAUUUAUUUUUUCUGGACAGAUUAGAGCCUUUUUAGGGUUUCUGCAGGGCUGGAAAGUAAGAGAACCUAGAAUUCUCAAUAAAAAAAUUUACCCCAAUAAAUUAUUAGGGGGAAAAAAUCUCAAUUUUUUUCUCUUCGCUAAUUUUUGGUCCUUUACGCAGUCUCAAUGUCUACUGAGUGCAAAAGAUUUUUGCCUCUUAUAUUUCUAAUCGGGAAACCUGAGAAGUAAGAGAUCAGAUGAAGUAAUCAGUAAAAGUGCACCUUUCUUAAAGCAUAUCAGUACACUGUGAAACAAAAAAUAAAUUGAUUCGUUUCUUCUACGGUCAAAGGACAAUUGGGGAUUUUUUUUUAUUCUGAAACCUGCAGACACCUUGAUUGUAUUUUGAACUUGAAAAUCAAACUCUCCUCUGCACUAGGCAUACUAGAAAAUCACUAACGCUAGCUCUGGUGUGUCAAGCCCAAAAAUGAUGAUAGGAAGGUUGUUAAUAGCUCAACCGAAUACAGCUCUUAUUACAGCUCUUUAUUUCUCUCGUUAUCAUAGUGAACUUUGUUAGCCUUGAGUGGAAUAUUAGUGGCGUGAGAAUUUAAGAUAAAAUUGAAGCUCCUUAGACUUGUGUCCUUUCUAAAAUUUCUUGUGGAACCCGGUGAAAUUAUCGUUUUCCAUGCAUGUCAUUGGACUAUCAAGCAGGAAAAGAAGUGAAACUUUAUUAGAUAAGUUUUCCUAUCAAAAUUGUACGCAAUGCAAGUUAAAAUUUAAAGGAAUUAAAAGUACUUUAUUUGCAUUUUGCACAAGAAGAUCAAGGGUAGCUCAACGUCAUUGAGAAUAGAAGAGAACAAAUUAAUUUAUUGUAGAAGGAGUAAUUCAUCAGUAGAGUAAAAAACUGAGCUUGUCAAAUAGUGCGCAACUACUCUCUGAAAUUUUACCAGGAAGUCUACAGGUCUAAAAAAACUCGGAAUUGUCAAAGAAAGAAACAACAGGGGAAGAUUCAGGGACUUUUAUGAAAAAGGCUGGAAAUUUGAAAAAUCUUACGACUUGCAAUAAGUAAAAGAACAUCAUAGCUAUCCAUAAGAUCAAUCCGAGUCUCACCCUGAUGUGGGAAACAAUAUUCUUUCAAUGAGGGACUGCAAUUUUAGUCAAUUGAAUUAUCAAUACCUGAUAAAAAAGAUUCAGAUGUUUCUAUUAUUUACAGUGAAUGAAAUUAAUAUCAAAAUUGUUUCAUUUCUAGUUCUACAUUCUAAAUUUUCCACUUUAAAAGUCAGGGAAUUUUCUCCUCCCGAAUAUGUAGACACCCUGGUUUUAGUUGGUGCCUCUGAGAAAAUCACCAACUCAUGCAGCAGUGGUUGGUUAUGGUGAAGUAAUCAUCGCAGAAUAAAUUAAUGUUUUUUGGCAGGUGAAUAUAAUAAUGGACUAUAAUAAUCAAUUCAGAAACAAUAAUUUUAUUUGCAAAAAAGUUCUUUACACGUCUUACCCAUACCCACCCAGACAUAAGGCAUUCCGCGACUGAAUUAAAUUUUGAAGAGAGAAUAUGUUGCAAAGUGCUCUAAUUGAUACCUCGUUGAUGCUCAUUUUUUAGGUUCUUUCAGGAGCUGAUCCUCAAACUUUUGGAAUACUCCUUGUAUUCUAGUCAGGUUUGGAUUAAUGUAAUUUAAGUAAUUCGCAGCAAUCAUAAAUCAUUUAACUUAAGCAGUGUGAUAGGAGGUAGCUAACUCCUUUGUGCUGAUCAUGAGAACACUUAACACAAGGUUAAGUAUUUUUUUAUUUAAAAAAUUAAGUAUGACAGGAAUUGUGUUAAGUCUUAAGCGUUCCUGCAGCUGCUCUGUGGAAAUGAAAUCACCCAUGAUGAGAACUGGGAAAUGAGCAAGUAAAAUUAAAAUAGGUAUUUCUUGUUCAACUUUAAACCAGAUGCCGUAAAUCUUACUUUUUUUUGCCCAAAAACUUAAUCUAAGGAUGUGUAUUCUUUAAAACUAAUUGUUUUUCUCUCGGUGUGCUGGGAGUCUCAUUUGUGUUAUUAAUUAAAAAUUGUACUACAAUUUUCUCGUUGUCAGAGAAUGUCAGCUUGUAAUUUAAUAUCAAUUUUUUGGAGGAACAGGAACAUCUAAAUAUGGUUGACGUUUGGAGUUGUCAUCAUACUGUAAAGUUAUUCAGAGAAAGAACAUUAAUAUUCAGAGAUUUUAUCUUAGGUAUUUAAAAAAUUCUCAUACUUAAUUUUUUUCUCAAAUUUGAUAGAAAGUCGAACAUUUACUGAAAAAUUACUUCUUGCGACUGAUAAAAUGAAGUUAAGUGUAUGUUUACAGGAAAAGAAUAUUUCUGCUGUGAAAUUGCCUUGCAUAUUUUUCUAUUAUUUUUCCCGUAUUACCUACAAUUAGAAACAAUAAUGCUUAACGUGAAAGAAAAUUGUGCAGCAUAUCUUAUGAAUUUUUUUUUUAAAAAUGAAAAAAAAAACCUAAUGGUACAUGUUGAAUUGCAAUUUUUAAGUCAUUCCCACGUGGACCCGGAGAAUAAUGACAUAUCUUUUACAUUGGAUAUCAGUGAAAGUAAAAGAGCCCAUCCACAUAUUACAUCAUGCUCUAGAGGAUAGUUGCGUUUAUGUCAUUUUUACGCAACAUUACAGGAUGUGGGGGUAAUUUCUCAACUUACUUAAUUUUAUGAAACUAUAUAAAUGAACAAAGUAACUUGUGAUUUUUCUUCUCAUCUCUUCUUGUCUUAACUGCUGUCCUUUUUUUUUACACUGUGAAGAAAUACUGAUCAAUGCUUUUGGUUUAUCAAAUACUUUUUAGAGCAAUUUUGAAAAUUUGAGGAGCUAGCAUUAAGAAUAAUUUUUAGGGGAGGAUACAGUAUACUUACAUAUAAUUGCUUCACAAGAACAAUAUUAUAAUUGGCAUUUUGUCGAUUCUUUCCUGCGAUGCCAUUGUCAUGGAAGAGUAAACUCCCUUCCUCAAGACAAUUGAACAUACUCAAAUUGAAAGGAGCUUCAACUCCAUCGUGACCUAGACCCUGAAACUCAUGAAAAAAUACAUGUAUAACAGGGUUCAUGUCACAAUAAAAAUAGUUUCUUUUGAUUUCAAUGCGUCCAAUCAGCUGCAAGCACAUACUGUGCAGCGUAAGUACUCAGGAGGCAAAAUUUUGAAAUUGUGAUAUUUGUCUCCCCUUUCCUUGAAAGCGGGCCUUAGGAUACUUCGUAAUCUUGUCAUUGUUUUCAAUGACUAGGUUCUGCAAUGAUGUUUUAACUGUUGUAACAUUGUUAUUUAUUCUCUAAGUUUUAUAUUUUGUCUGUACAUAUUUCAAUGAAAAUCCCCCUUUUAUAUGUGUGUAAAUAUUAUCUAUUGAGCUUACACUGUGUAAAAAAAAUAAAAGACACGAAGUUAGAAUGUAAGCAUGUGUACAAAAUCCUUACAGAACUUACACAACUAUUUCAAUCAUCGAACAAGAAAAAAUGUCGGUAUUAUAACGUGUAGCGCACAACCAAUAAUUUUAUCAAGGUCAAAAUUGCGGCUUUUGCGGCAAAAAUAGAUGUUGCUGUAAUUCUCAUCUAUUUUUUUAUAAUUCUAUUUACAACAACUGCAUUGAAAAUCUUAUUGAAGGCAACGGUCCUGGGCUUGCAUGAUGAUACUUACUUCUCAUGUGUUCCAAAGAGAUCUGUUGCUCCAGAACGCAUGACCACUGCUUUUCACUUGUAAUUCAAUGAGAAAUUUAAAACUGUUAUUUUUGUCUACUUUAAAUACUGCUCUUUAUACCUAAGUACCUAAAAUUAGUUUAAAUUUUUUAUUUAAUAUUUCCGAAAAAUUAGACGGGUGAACAUGACUUUGAAAGGAAGACCUGUAUAAUUUUCACCCAGAAUGUUGUAACCCAGACGAAAAAGGGUAUCGAUAUCUUUUUUGUUCACAAGAUAUCGAGGCAUUAGAAUGUUCCACUUCGACCUCCUCCUCCCCUCAAAAUUUCAAGAAAAUCUGAAAAAUAUUUCAAAUCAAGUUCUUCACAUCUAAAUUUUAAUUGAUCCGUCCAAUUGUAUAAUUAAUUCAGUAAUUUUGUAGGUAUCUCUUUUGAAUAAUCUCAUCACGGAUCUGUAAAAAAACCAUUAUAAUUAACCCAUACUUUAAACUUAGAACUUUUGAAGGAAAAUUCAGUUGUCAGUUCAUUUCAGUUUUUUUAGUCUUUGAUUGUACAAUUUUAUCUUUACCAUUUGGAACUGAAAAGAAAUAAAAUGAAUCAGUAAGAAA